AUGGCCAGUUCAAGGCUACCAGAAAGCAACCAUCCUCCUCCCCCUCCGCCGCCUCCACCUUCGAAUCCUCACUCAAAGAUAUCUCCCUACGUCCUGAAGCUCAGGAGCGCGCCUCCUGAUUUUUUCUACCAGGCUCCAAAGCAGACGCCAGCCGUGGAUUUGUUUGCCGCACCCUGUGGUCCUUACUUUUUCUACGGCACAUUAACAGAUCCCUUGAUGAUCGGAGAGAUUCUCGAGCUAGAUGAAGAACCGAAGCUACGGCCUGCAUACAUUGUGGGAUACGAAUGUAAGAUGUGGGGUCAAUAUCCAGCCCUACUUGAUUGUCCAGGCUCUGUUGUUGAAGGCGCAGCGUACCAUGUCCACACAGCGCGGGAUGCCGAGAGGCUUGCUGCAUAUGAGACUGGAAACUACCGUGCCGACGCCUGUCUCAUCAAAUACAUGGAUGGCAAGGAACCGUCGGAGGAUCUCGGAUACACGUUCAAGUUUGUUGGGGACCAGAGGGAACUAAGCGAGGGCGAGUUUGACCUAAAGGUCUGGUUGAGACGGAUGGGAAGGCAAGCAGCGGCUAAUAAAUUGGAAGCUGCUAAAAGCGAGACAUAG